CUCUUGCAAACUUAUUUAAUUCUGUCUACAUCCAAAUACUCCAAUCUGGAGAGAGUGAGGUAGGAAUCCAAGACAGCCUAAUUAAGAACACCAUCCAUGGGAAGAAGUCCCUGUUGUUCCAAGGAAGGCUUGAAUAGAGGUGCUUGGACUGCUCAUGAAGACAAAAUCCUCACUGAUUACAUUAACCUUCAUGGGGAAGGAAAAUGGAGAAACCUUCCCAAAAGAGCAGGUUUGAAAAGAUGCGGAAAAAGUUGUAGACUUCGAUGGUUGAAUUAUCUGAGACCAGAUAUCAAAAGAGGUAAUAUAUCGUCCGACGAAGAAGAACUUAUCAUCAGACUUCACAAAUUACUCGGAAACAGAUGGUCUCUGAUAGCUGGAAGAUUACCGGGACGAACAGACAAUGAAAUCAAGAAUUAUUGGAACACCAAUUUAGGAAAGAAAGUGAAAGAUCUGAAUCAGCAAAACGCCAAAAAUUCCUCUCCUUCCAAGUCGAUCUCUGCUAAACCGAAAAACGCAAAGAUAACACAGAAACAGAACAAUCCUAAGCCAGUGACGCAAAGCUCCCAUGUUGUCCGUACAAAAGCUACAAAAUGUUCCAAGGUAUUAUUCAUAAACUCGCUUCCUCAUUCGUCACCAAUGCAUGAUUUACAGAACAGAGACGAGACAGAGACGAAAACAGAAACAAAACCGUCAAUGGUUGUCGAUGCUGUGGCGAGUGACUCGAUGAGUAACAACGGAAACGGUUUUCUGUCAUUAGAGAAAGAACUGUCUGCAGACUUGUUGGUUGAUUUCAACAUUGGAGAUGAUAUUUGCUUGUCUGAGCUUCUGAACUCGGAUUUCUCGACUACGUGCAGUUUCGAUUACAAUGAUCUGUUAUCGUCGCCGUGUUCGGAUCAGACUCCGAUGUUUUCUGAUGAGAUUUUGAAGAACUGGACCCAAUGUGGCUUUGGUGAUGAAACUAAUGUGUCCAAUAAUCUUCAUUCUUUCACUUCCUUUCUUGAAUCCAGUGAAGAAGUUCUAGGAGAAUGAUAAUAGGUAGCUACAAUAAAAUGUAGUAGUUCUUAAUAAACAUUUAUUUUCUUCAAUAAAAUUAACCACUCUAGGAUUUUAAUCA